AUGCAUCAGGUAUCAGUUAUAAAAGUUGAGGAACGGGUUAGCCAUCUUAUGCUUGGUUGGCAACCAGCGGUAGAUCUUCGUACUGUCCGGGACGAUUUUACCUGUCGAGCUCCAGGGUGGUCCUUUUUGCAAGAGGAGCAGAACGGCCUCCGAUUUGCAUACAAAGCACUAUUACAUCGGACGUGGUCAUCAGCUUAUCUCGGCCAACCUUUUGCCAAAGCGGGACGCUGGCUAGUACAGACGUGCUCUGCAUACUUUGAAUCGGAGUCUGAAUUAAGGAGUGAGAUAUUUGCAGCAAUCCAUCUUACAGCCGGCUUGCCCGCACGAGGGCCUGAAAUUACGAGCAUCAAGGUAUGCAAUACGGCGCAAGUAAUGCGUAACCUCAUUUUCCGUGAAGGACGACUCUUACUCGUUAUUGAAUACAAUAAAGCCCGAGCUUCGAACUAUCAUGCUUUCUAUAUUGUACGAUAUCUCCCUCAAAGGCUUGCUGAGCUCGUAUACCUAUACCUGGUUUAUAUCAGGCCCUUUAUAAGCAUCCUUGCAAGCCAACUUCGCUUCUCUUACUUGCAUGCAAACGAGUUCCUCUUCCCAGACCCACGCCACAAGCAGAAGCACCUAUCUCCGGCUCAGGCAACCGAUAUCCUUAAACGCUUGACUAUGCGCUUCCCAGCACCGAUAAGUCUUUCGCUCUACCGCCAAUCAGCUCUCGCAAUUGCAAAGCGCUACAUUAGAGAGCUUAUCCAACGAGCCGAUUUCUACAAGCCGAAAGCUGCUUCGGACCCAACCAAGAUGAUUGCAGCAGGUGUCGGCCACCAUCCCCGAGUCCUGCUAACGGAAUAUGCUAUUGAUAGCGCCUUACCUGUACAGCUACAGCCUGAGUUACUGGAGAUGUACCUCCAGCUAUCAACCUUGUGGCAAGACUGGAACCGGCAGUACUAUGAAGACCAUCGCAACCUUUGGACCACGGCUGCGGUGACCCCGGCCACAGGAGCCGCUAUCAAGUCGGAGAGUAGGGGCUUAAAACGGGGUUUACCGGCUGAUUCUCUUCCUGUAUCAAGCCUCAAUAAGAGGCAAGCUCCCUUGAUAGCAGCGCCUAGAGCUUCUCUAGACAUGGAUGGAUUUCGCUAUGACGCUCAAUACAAGAUUCUAAUCUGUAUUUCUUGUGAGUCAGCGUUCAAACAGCGCAAACUGCAUGGUACCGACACUUGA